AUGGGCGCAGAAACAAACAAUGAGCAAUUCAAGCUUGAGAAUUUGUUUAAUGUCAAGGGCAAAGUGGCACUGGUCACCGGUGGCGGCUCAGGCAUAGGCCUCAUGGCCGUACAAGCUCUCGCCGUCAACGGCGCAAAAGUAUACAUCGUCGGCCGCACCGAAGAGAAACUCGAUCGCGUCGCUGAGCUUUACUCCACCGGGCAAAACGGCGCUGGGCAAAUCAUCCCUAUUGUCGCAGACGUAACUCAAAAAUCAGACAUUGAACGACUCGUCUCCGACUUCAAGUCCAAAGAAGACCACCUAUCCAUCUUAAUCAACAACGCCGGCAUCUCAAGCUCCGCGCGCCACGACACCGAGCGCGAACACCCAGAAGCCCUAAAGGAGACACUCUUCGACGACGAUGCCGCCACAUUCGAAGACUGGGAGAGCGUUUCGCGCACCAACAUCGCACAACUCUUCUUCAUGACAUCCGCUUUUUUGCCUCUACUCCAAAAAGCUACCGAUAAAAUCCCCGGUUUCAGUAGUACAGUUAUCAACAUCACCUCCAUUUCGGGUAUUAUCAAAGCAUCGCAACACCAUUUCGCGUACAACGCGUCCAAAGCGGCGGCUAUUCAUCUCACCAAGAUGCUGGCUCAUGAAAUUUAUACGUCCGGGCUGAAGAUUAGAGUCAAUAAUAUUGCGCCGGGAGUGUUUCCAUCGGAGAUGACGACGCAGGAAAGCGAUGAGAAGCAGAAGAGUGAAUUAGCGAAAGAAAAGUACGAAGAUAAAGUGCCGGCGCAAAGACCAGGAAAUGAUAGGGAUAUGGGCAGUGCGGUGUUGUUUGCGGCGACGAAUCAGUAUCUUAAUGGGCAGACGGUUGUGGUUGAUGGUGGUUACGUGUUGGCUACUGGGUCUCUUUAA